AUUUCUUUUUUCAGGUAUCAUUAAGUUCGGCAUCAACCGUCUGAUGUCCAAAUCGGAUGACGAAGACGACGAACACACCAAUAACAACAACAAUAAAUGCUACCAAAGGGACACGAAUUGUUACAGCGGGGACGAGGCGGCCUCCAACAAAUCCAGUCAGAUACACAAAUGGGACGCAACGUCUCCGAGACCCUCGCCGGUAACCUCCCCCGAAUUAGAAGUAGACUCUCCGGUAAACUCGAGGACGAACUCCCCAUCCCCAAGACCCCCCUCCGUCACCGAAAUCCAAAAGAGCGACACGACGACGAAAAAGUGCGAAGCUUUUUCUGUGAGUGCGCUUUUGAGGCCUGAUAACCCGAAGGAGAGAAAUGACAGGGUGGGUUAUCAGGAGACGGUAUCGGUUACGAGGUCGUACCUGUAUCCACAGUUUGCUGAUCUCCUCAAGGACGCCCAGAUGAAAACCAGUCAAGAGUAUGGGGCCCAAUUUCUACCAAGGAACUUUAUACAUCCCAGUCUCUUGCCCUCAAACCUUUACACGCAGAAGGACGGUGAAGAAAGAGCUUUUAUACCAACGCCCUCCUCCCUGUACUUUAGCGCGAUGGCUGCUGCGAUGGCGAACGGUCAAAAUCAGCAUGGUCAAUACCCACAACAACACACGACAGAGAAUCUGUACAGACUGAGGCAUCAUUUUAUGUCAAAUCCUUCGAUUCAUCCGCACCAUCAUCACCUUCUGAUGAGACCUGGUAUGAUGCCAAUUGGAGACGUGUAUUCUUGUAUAAAGUGUGAGAAAAUGUUUUCUACCCCACACGGCCUGGAGGUACAUGCUAGGAGAUCACAUAACGGAAAAAGACCAUUCGCGUGCGAACUAUGUAAUAAGACUUUCGGACACGAGAUCAGUUUGAGUCAACAUAGAGCUGUGCAUAAUGUGGAGAAAGUAUUUGAGUGCAAACAGUGUGGAAAAUCAUUCAAGAGAUCGUCAACUCUCUCCACACAUCUACUGAUACAUUCUGACACCAGACCAUACCCUUGCCAGUAUUGUGGCAAGAGAUUCCAUCAAAAAUCCGAUAUGAAAAAGCACACCUACAUACACACUGGCGAGAAACCCCACAAGUGCACGGUAUGCGGAAAAGCCUUCAGCCAGUCCUCCAACCUCAUCACCCACUCCAGGAAGCACACAGGUUUCAAACCCUUCGCUUGCGACCUCUGCGGGCGCGCGUUCCAAAGGAAGGUGGACCUCAGGAGACACAAGGAGACCCAGCACACGGAACUGCGACCGAUCUCCUCAUAGUGCCAGGCAGCCGGAAGCACAGCGACGCUUCCGGCCAGCUCAACCACGUCAGCGAAGAGCGCCCACAGCGAGGAGGAGGGCUCGGAGGUGAUGCCUCUGAUGUUCAAGCCUCAGGUAGGCAUGAACCUCGCCCAGAACCUGAUCAGGCUGAACGCGUACGCGCAGGAGAACGCAGAAGCGUCGACAUCCAUGCGACCAGCGUUUUCCAACGUGUGUUGGACGAACUGAACCAAAGACUUUUCAAGAAGUGAACUAGGUGAGUCAAAGGGGAGCUUUCAUGGGAAAAGAAUUGCACCAGAAUCAUGUCACAAAGGUAUAUAAUCAUUCGGAAAAGACAAAUGUUUCUUGGAGAAGGCAGUUAAGGAUCAUUUCCGUUUAUUUUCAAUGACCUAGAUAACUCCAGCGAAUAAGCGUACCUAUAUGUACCCGAAAAGUACGCAACUAAAAAUAGAGCUUCAUGAGAACAAAAUAAAGAAUCGUGGGCGACUAAUAAACGGCUUCACAAAAAAAACGGAAAAAUACAGUAUCUAUCAGUACAAACGUCAUUUUUGAUCAGCUCAUUAACAAUGAAAAACUUGUGCAAUCCUGCAGUUGGAAAUUCCGUGAAUUUCCUUCACAUCAUCUAGUCUCGUGGGAUUUCCACAAAUUCUGAAAUACAAAUUUCCUUAUCCCAGUUUCAAAUUGCAUGAACAAGUUAACUUAACACUAACUUAGUUCUGAAAGAAAUUCUGCUAGAGCUGGCUUGAAUAUUAUUGACAUCUCGUAUCUAUUAUGUAACGGACAGUUUCAUAACAUAAUCAAACCUAAAGUCCCUUUGAUUUCAAAGCUUCCCUUAGUCC